UAGUUGGUAUUUUUUGGUGGUGGAACUGACUGGGAAGCGCUCUAAAGGGGCGCCGCGCGUAUGUCAGUGGGCGCCGACGCAGAUGGAGUCCAUAGUUGUAUAAGUUCAAUAACUUGAAAAUAUCACAAACUUGACAUUGGCUAAUCAGAGUAAAGCCAGAUUUAAAGAAAAAAAAAUGUGUUUUGAAAGUUGAAUCUUGAAAAUUACGAUUUGCAAGGAAGAGACAAUUUAAAUAUUAUUUAAUUUUAUUAUUAUGAUUUAACUGAAAUUGAUUCUUUGAUUAAAAUGAAUAGCAGCACCAGGUGCAUACUGGGAAGGUUUCUUUAGCAUUUCCUGUUAGCUAAUGAAAUAUUUUGUCAGCUAAGUCAGCUUAAAUUAAUAUUACCUUAUUAAUGUAAGAAUGGAUAAUCAAGGGCUCAUAACAUGAAUUAUAUUUUUUUGAGACGAUACCAAGGCAUGAUACUAUUUGGUAUAUUAAGCUUUUAUUUAGGUUGUGGAAUCACCUUGACUUUUGUAAGAGUAGAUUGUGCAGCAAACUCUAGAUCGACAGCUCUAGUUAAAAAUUCUCAUAGUAUAUUUAACAAAACAGAAUAUGUAGUACUUGUUCUUAGCAGUCCUAAGAAUGAAAUGCGAAGGGAUGCCAUACGUACAACAUGGGCUAGCCUGAUAAACAAUGUACAUGUUGAAAACGGUGAAAUAUUAUACAGAUGGAAUUACACUUUGGCAGGAAAAAAAUCAAACCUGGGUGUUAUAAAAACCUUCUUUGCCAUAGGCACACAGAACCUAGACAAACAUACCUUAGAAAAAUUGUAUGCUGAAGACAGUAGAACCAAAGAUUUAUUACUGCUAGAAGAUUUUGAAGAUGGCUAUAACAAAUUAGCAACUAAGUUGAUGCUCUCUUUGAAGUGGCUUCAUAAACAUUUGAAGGAAUUGAAGUAUGUUAUAAAGUGUGAUGAUGAUUCUUUUGUGAGAGUUGAUCUAAUUGUGGCAGACCUUGAGGCUUACGCUCCUGAGAUGGAAGGGCAAGCAAUCAACCAUUUUGUCUCCCGUAAGGAAAGUUUACCCAAAUAUAAAGGAUUAUAUUGGGGAUACUUCAAUGGGCGAGCACCAGUGUACAAGAGAGGCAAAUGGGAGGAAAAAGCUUGGUUUCUUUGCACCACAUACCUGCCAUAUGCACUGGGCGGUGGAUAUGUGAUUUCUCAUAGCAUCGUGGAUUAUGUUGCUAGAAAUUCAGAUUUCUUGAGUAAAUACAACUCUGAAGAUGUUUCAAUGGGCGUGUGGACAGCAGCACUUGAUGGCAUCAACAGAGUCCACGACACAAGGUUCGACACAGAGUGGAUAUCGCGAGGAUGCGACAACACCAUGCUUGUCCGACACAAACAAGAGCACCGUGACAUGGUCCAAAUGCAUUCAAACCUAGUUAUUUCACAGGGGAAAAAACUUUGUACGACUGAUUAUACUAUAAGAAAAUCUUACAGAUACAAUUGGAAUGCUUUGCCAAAUUCUUGCUGUAUAAAAAGUAAUGAAGAUUUAAGGUAAUAAUAGGUAAAAUAAUCUGAAAAUCUGUUUUGGUGUACGCCAUUGAGGAGUCCCUAGUCACACCUCUUACGUUUCAUACAAGCGAGCUGAUUUAAUUACCUGUUAUUACCACCGGAACUCCGGCCUUCCGCACACUAUUUGUGUUUGGUUUGACUGAGUUACGUGAAAACGAGCUUAUUAGAUUAUUUUAACCAAAAGCUAUCUUGAUUAUUAUUUGCACUCUGUUCCUACACGACUCUAUACUUGAUCAAGUGAAGCGAGGUCUAGGAGUUUUAAGUAGGCGAAUUUGCAUAUUUUGUCCAUUUGGCUGUCUGUCCAUCCUUCUGUCACCGUCUUAUAAAUUAAAACCAAGUACUAAAACUCAAAAACAAUAUGUAAAUUAAUGGCGAAAAUAAUAAAAAGUAGUGUUGAGUGGACUGGACUAGAUUGCUAUAGAUACAAAGAAAGAAGAAAUAAGAAGUUGCUGUGUCGUGAAAGUUAAUGGUAUGGCAAAAUAAAUAUGAGAUUAAGCGAACAGUGCUCACCCACUGCUUUCGUCUUGAAGUCCAGUGCCAUGCCAGCAGCAAAGGCAUGCACUAAAGGGAAUAGUGCUCACCCAGUGUUUUCGUCUUGAAGUGUAGUGCCAUGCCAGCUAGAGCAGCAAAGGCACGCACUAAAUACUGCUAUAGCAGUAAGGCGGGAUAAUGCUCACCCAGUGGUUGUCUCGAAGGCUGUCAAAAGGGCCGGCUAGAGCAUAUGCCAGACCAGAAGAAAAUGGAAUUGUGAGAAUAGGGAAUAGAGUGCUCACCUGGUGCUUGCGUCUCCAAGUCUACAUUAACAGAGCUGUCUAGACUCGAGCAUAAUUUGUCAGACAGUAUAAUAUUGUAUAGUAUAACUAGCUAACCCGGUAUGCGUUGCAAAGUAAAAAACCGGUCAAGUGCCAAUCGAGUUCGCUUACCCAGGAUUCCGUACUAAAGAAGUAAAACGGUAAGAAUCACUUUUGUUAACGAACCGCAAAACUAACUUUGUUUGUAGAGGUUUAUUGUUAAUAUCAAAAAAA